UGAUUGUAAUGUUUCCGAAUCAAAUUCUAAUAAUAGGGUUUGGUCUGAUUCUGAAACUGAAGUAAUGAAAUAUGUUGCUUCAAAUAAAAAGAAAUCAAAAUACAAGAUUCGAAGAUUUAUUUUAGGGUCAACUUCGGGAAACGAAUCGGAUUCUUCAUGUGGAUCAAGUACCAUUACUGACGAUUCAUGUACUAUAACUGGUGAUACCAGUCAAGACGAAUGUGGUGGUGUUUUCGAUGAUUGGCCUAUUUUAUUACAAGAAUUAUCCCCUAGCACCGAUGAUAGUUCUUCUGAAAAUAUAAAGAAAAAACGACGGAAGCUCGUAAACCAUUUAGUCGCUUGUCGCGUUUGUGGUGGUCCUGAAUUAAUUUGUAACUUUAUCUGCGUUUGUGUCGCGUGUAAUGAAGGCUAUCACCAAAAGUGUCAUGAUCCUCAAAUAAGUCAUUUCAAAAUCGGUGAAAAAUGGCGUUGCAUAGAUUGUCAAAAUGCUCUUAGGAAUAAAUCUUCCUUGAUAUUUAAGAAAUCAAUUAAUAGAGUAAUGAAUGACUCAAUGUCUUCUACUCACUUAAUUAAAGAAAAUGAUCAACAAUCUGUAGACAAUUGUGAUGAUUCUACUACUAUUACAAAUAUUUCAACUAUAGUCAAUGGAAAAAAUCUUUAUGAUAUUAAUUCUAGUAAUGAUGAUGAUUCUAUUCAAAAGCAAAGAUCGGAUUUUUUUCAACAAAGAACUGCUAAUAAAUGUUUAAAUGGUUAUAAUAAUAAUCUUAUCGUAAAAAAAGAUAGAAAAGAGGUCGAUAAUAAAGGUUUGGAUAAAGAUACUACUACUUUACCUUAUCCUCGUACAAAAACAAUCACUUCCCCAAAAAAAAGGAAUAGAUCUUUAUUACCUUUGAUUUUACCUCCUUCUGAAAAAAGACAUUCAACUACAACCGAGCUCCGUAGAUUAUUUGACAAUUGUCCUAUGUCAAUUGUGAAUUUUGAUGAAGUUUUUAAACCUGAAGAAUGGAGUAAAUGCGAUGAUGUUGUAUCUUCGAGUAGAGUAUCUUCAAGUAGAAAUAGUAGUUCGUCUUCCGAGAACAAAUCUCUUAUCUCUUUAAGAAAGAAAAGCGUUGUAUCUGACAAAGGCGCUGUAAUUUUGAAUAAAAGUACCUCUUCUCCUGGAAAAAGUUCUGUAUCAACCAAGAGCAUAACCUCCUCAAGCAUGCGUCAUGUUACUUCUUCAACCAAGAGUGUAACCUCAUCAAGCAUUCGUCAUAUUACUUCUAAACGAUCUACUUCUCUUGGAAAAAAAGCUGUUACUUCCAUUAAUAAACGUUAUGAUCCAUCGGAUACGAGCGACGUUUCGCAUAACGAACCUGAUUCGAUUCAAGAUUUAAUAUCUUCCAUUGAUGUUUUCUCUCCACCAGUCGAGAAAUCUCCACCAAAUGUUAAAGCAAUUACCAAAAGUAUCGAUGCUUUAAAUUCAAAAAAUGGCAUGUCUUCUAGUAAAUCUGUUGGAAUUACUGAGAAUGACACCAAUUUUAACAUUACUUCAUUAUUACCUUUGAAUCUUAUUCCUUGCUUAAAUUUUGAUGCUUUAGCAUUCAGAGAGGGUACUAUAGAUGUCAAACGAGGUCAGGUGAAACGUGGAAAGGUUUAUCCUGUGUUAAGAUGA